AUGGCACGUGGUUUCGAGGUGGUGGCCAUGGACUGCGAGAUGGUGGGGCUGGGGCCCAGCCGAGAGAGUGGCCUGGCUCGCUGCAGCCUCGUGGAUGCCUAUGGUGGUGUGGUCUAUGACAAGUUUAUCCGGCCUGAGGGUGAGAUCACCGACUACAGAACCCUGGUCAGUGGGAUCACGCCUCAGCACAUGGAGAGGGCCACACCAUUCACUGUGGCCAGGCUGGAGAUCCUACAGCUCCUGAAAGGCAAGCUGGUGGUGGGCCAUGACCUGAAGCAUGACUUCAAGGCGCUGAAAGAGGACAUGAGCAGGUACAAUAUCUACGACACAUCCACUGACUUGCUGCUGAGGCACCAGGCCAACCUGGACCACUGCAAACGGGUCUCCCUCCGGGUGCUGAGUGAACGCCUUCUCAAGAGACGCAUCCAGAACAGCCAGUUGGGACACAGCUCAGUGGAAGAUGCGAAGGCAACGAUGGAGCUCUACCAAAUCUCCCUGCGCAUCCGGGCCUGCAGAGGGCAGCCCAGCCCGAAUGUCUCACGCUGA